CGGAGCGGCAGCCGGAGGGAGAGAUGGCGUCCGGAGAGGGCCGCGUGUGCGUGGUGACGGGGGGCUGCGGGUUCCUCGGCUCCCACCUGGUCCGGAUGCUGCUGGAACGUUCCGCGGAUCUGUCCGAGAUCCGAGUGUUCGACCUGCACCUGGACGAGUCGCUCGAGACGCUCGGCAGCGAUAAAGUGAGGGUGCGUCUCAUCCGCGGCGACAUCUCGUCUUUGGAGGAUGUUCGCGGCGCUUUGCGGGGGAGUCACCUGGUCAUUCACACCGCCAGCCUGGUGGACGUCUGGGGGCGAGUGCCGGCAGCCAAGGUCACAGAGGUCAAUGUGACAGGGACAGAGAACGUGCUGAGAGCGUGUGAGGAGGAGGGGGUCCGCUUCCUGGUCUACACCAGCAGUAUGGAGGUUGUGGGCCCGAAUCUGUACGGGGACCCUUUCUACAGGGGCAACGAAGACACAGAAUACCGAGUAUGUCACAAUCAGGCGUACCCCCUGAGUAAGGCCAAGGCGGAGAAACUCGUCCUGGAAGCCAAUGGCAAGAAGGUUAGGGGGGGGCAGACUCUGUACACCUGCUCCCUGCGCCCCACCGGCAUCUACGGCGAAGGCCACGGACUCAUGAAGGAUUUCUAUUACCAAAGUCUGAGGACGGGAGGCCGCGUGUUCCGGGCAAUCGCUGAGUCUGUGGAGCAUGGACGGGUUUACGUGGGAAACGUGGCCUGGAUGCACGUGUUGGCCGCCCGCGCCCUGCAGGAUCGCCCCGAUACCCUUGGAGGGCAGGUAUAUUUCUGCUACGACUCCUCUCCGUACAAGAGCUACCAGGAUUUUAACAUGGAGUUCCUGUCUUCCUGCGGCUUCCGCAUGGUGGGCUCCCGGCCGCUGGUGCCCUACUUCCUGCUGUACCUGCUGGCUCUGCUCAAUGCCCUCCUGCAGUGGGUACUUCACCCCGUGUGCGUCUACGCGCCCCUCCUGAACCCCUACACGCUCGCCGUGGCCAGCACCACGUUCACCGUGCAGACAGACAAGGCCGAGAGACACUUUGGCUACAAGCCGCUGUACAGCUGGGAGGAAUGCAAGCGGCGGACGAUCGAUUGGGUGACGACGCUGGACAAGGAGGGCAAGAAGCAUUGAGGGAACGAGACGGAACAGGGCAUUGGGGUAACUGGGAGAAAGGGGGGUGCCCCAAAAAUCAAACCCCCUCUGAGCUCACAAGGGGACCACGGAAACCCCUCAUCGGCUCUCGAUAAUCAGCCCUGGAGAAUAAUCCCUGAGAGGAAUGAAUCAGGCGGGUGGAGCGGCGACGGAAUGAGCACAACUUCCCGAUGUGGAAAGAAUGAGCCUGGCACGGAAUGCAGAUCUGCCACCCUUCCUUCAAUGGGAUUUAACCCCUGCACGGUUCUCGCAGACGCCGGCCCCGAUAUACCCCGAAUCCGUAUAUAUUUUACUUAAUUAUCUAAUGAAAUCGAUGAAUUAUUUAUCUCCACGGAUAAUUAACAUUAAGUUCUCACCCUCCGUUCCUGGCCACCUCCACCGGUGCGUCAGAAUCAACAGUGCAAUAAUACAAUAAUGAAUGUAUGUGAUCGCGAAAAGCAGCCCGAUGAGGUCUGAAGCCGCGUCGAGUGUUUCCCGCGCACAAUAAAGUCGGAGCGUUUGAUGCGA